AUGGUUGAAGGUCCUUUUCCCAAUGGUUUUAGUAGAUUUCCAAAUCUUCGUGAGUUGUAUUUAGACUACAACAACCUCACUGGUCUAUUGCCUGAUCUUUCUUCAAUGCCCAACUUGACAGUUUUCAGUGCAAAUAAUAAUAAGUUCAAUGGUACUUCAAUUGAUAGUAUUGGUGAGCUUUAUUUUCUUGAGAGGUUAGAUGUCUCUUCGAAUUCUCUCACAGGGGUCAUAUCUGAAGUUAACUUACGUUGUCCUAAUUUGAAAGAGCUAGACUUAUCGUAUAACUCUUUGACAAUGAAAUUUCAAUCCAAUUGGGUUCCCCCAUUUCAACUGAAAUCCAUAAGGCUCUCUUCUUUGAGAGAGGUUUCGACAGGUUUUCUUGACCUUUCUAAUAAUCAGUUAAUCGGAAGGCUGCCUGAUUGUUGGGAGAAUUUCAACACUCUUUGUGUUUUAAAGUUGAGCAACAAUAACUUUUUUGGAGAGAUCCCAAGCUCAAUUGGUUCUAGUUCAACUAGAUUUCAGACUCUACAAUUGAGUAAGCUUCUAGUUUUGGAUUUGGGACAUAAUAAUUUGGAAGAUAUAGUACCAUGGUGGAUAGGUGAAAGAUUAACAAAGUUGGUUUUUCUUAGUCUCAAAUCAAAUAAAUUCUACGGAUAUGUACCAUCAAAUCUUUGUCAUCUUACUAAGAUUCAAAUAUUGGAUCUCUCCCAAAAUAAUUUGUCGGGAGCCAUCCCUUCAUGCCUUGAGAAUUUCACCUCAAUGGUACUUGAACAAAAAUUUGACGAUCAUAUCACCAGCACAAUAGUCUUCAGAACUAGUCCGCUUGAAGGUACCUUAUUUGGUCGUUUUGAAAAUAAUGCAUGGAUCAUUUGGAAAGGAGUAGAGUAUGAAUACGGUAAGAUUCUUGGAUUGCUAAGAAUUAUUGAUCUUUCAAGCAACAAAUUGAAUGGAAAUAUCCCAUUUGAAGUAACUAGUCUUGUACAAUUGGUUCAGCUAAAUCUAUCAAGAAAUGAAUUGAGUGGAAGCAGUCCAGAGAAUAUAGGGAACUUGACUGAGCUAGAAUCAUUGGAUUUGUCUCACAAUAAGCUUUCUGGGAAGAUUCCCACAAGCUUGGCUGAAGUAACUUUGUUGAAUUACUUGGAUUUAUCAAAUAAUAGAUUAUUAGGGAGAAUCUCUGCAAGUACUCAAUUACAGAGCUUUAACGCUUCUUCGUACCUUGAUAAUCUUGCACUGUGUGGACUUCCUCUAACAAGCUUUUGCCCCGGAGAUGAGACACUAUUGCCAAGUCCUGCUACUUCAAAUGGGGACGAUGGGAAAUGGUUUAACAUGUCAUCAUUUUACAUUGGAAUUUGUGCGGGCUUCCUCAUUGGAUUUUGUGGGAAUUUUCUGCUGGACUCUUCUUGGAGAUUUGCUUAUUUUCAGUUCAUGCGUAUUUUUGGAGGCUGGCUUUACCAGAUGAUUAUUACCCUCUUAAAAAGGGCUGGAUUAAGAGGAAAGCAAGCUUGGCAAUAACAAAACACUACUGCUGGUGAAGAUGUGGACGUGGCGAGGAAGAUGACAGAGCUAUCACAUGAGUAUUUGUGUAUUAUCUUUUGUAAGAUGUAAAAUUAUAUUUCAGACCAAUAUUUCAAGAACAUGUCAUGGCAAUAUUUUCUUUGUGUUCGUUUGUAAGAUCUAAUAUGCCACAUUGAAUUCAUAUAUAUAUAUAC